AUGGAUAACGAGCAGCCUCACCAGGAGCUAGUGAAAUGCGUGGUAGUGGGAGACACCGCUGUGGGGAAGACGCGCUUGAUCUGCGCCCGCGCUUGCAACAAACACGUCUCACUAUCGCAGCUGAUGACAACGCACGUGCCGACUGUGUGGGCCAUCGACCAGUACAGGAUCUACAAGGACGUGCUUGAAAGGUCGUGGGAAGUUGUCGAUGGGGUGAACGUGUCCCUGAGGCUGUGGGACACGUUUGGCGAUCACGAGAAGGACAGGAGGUUUGCUUAUGGAAGAUCUGACGUCGUCCUGCUAUGUUUCUCUAUCACCAAUCCGAUAUCGCUAAGGAAUUGUGGGGCAAUGUGGUAUCCCGAAAUCAGGCGCUUCUGUCCAAACACACCAGUACUUUUGGUCGGUUGUAAGAACGACCUUCGCUACAUGUACAGAGACGAAACUUAUUUGAACUUUUGCAAAGAUCGUAGCCCAUUCAUAAGAGCGCCGAGGAAAAGCGACCUCGUGAUGCCGGACCAAGGGAGGGCGCUGGCGCACGAGAUAGGGAUAUACUACUACGAGACGUCCGUGUUCACUUACUACGGCGUGAACGAGGUGUUCGAGAACGCGAUACGGGCGGCGCUGAUCGCGAGGCGCCAGCAGAGGUUCUGGAUGACCAACCUGAAGAGGGUGCAGAGGCCUUUGCUGCAGGCUCCAUUCAGACCUCCGAGACCAAUGGAGCCCGAUGUUGCCCCUGUGGACAGCAUCUACAUGGAAAAUAUGACGACAUUACUGAGACAGCAGUAUUUCUCAGACAUGGUGAUAAUUUGCGGCGCGAAGGGUUUUCCCGUCCACCGCUUCAUGAUGGCAGCUGCCUGCGAAGCGUUCCACCGGCUUCUCACCACGGACUGCGUGAGCCUCUCAGCCGAACUGGCGCGUAGCUCCAGCGAGAGCAGCAUGGUUAGUAGCAUGGGCGAGGCGACAGCCGGUGAUUUCAACGAAGACACGGAAUAUCUGAUACGGCAAGACCAAGCGAAACAGAUGAGGGUUUGGGACCAAAUCAAACGCCGCUCCUCAUGCCAAAUACUGCCGCUGAGCGACAGCUGCAAGAAACCGCCGGACCUCUACAGGGAGGUCAACCACCCCGCCAUCAACUCCAUUCGAGUCGUUAAGUGUGACAAAAUCCAGCACGUCACAUCGCAAACACAGACCAUUGUGACAAUGAGCAAGCUUGUAUCGCAGAACGUUAUGCAAGAAAUAAUCAACUUUAUUUACACCGGCGCGUUGGACAGCAGCGCCUGCAAUCAACCAUCCGCUACGAUCGGAUUACUACUGGAGAUCCGUCAAGCAGCCGAACUCCUCGGCUUUCACGAACUGACCAAGCUCAGCCAGUUCAUACUGGAUCAGCAUCUUCUCUUCGAUAAGGGUUACAUGCUUCAAUUCCACAAGCCAUUGCCCCAAAGGCUACUCGACAUGUGCGUGGAGCGCAAUCUGUUCGCUGACGUUACCUUCGACCUCGACGAUGGCAUCCAUUUGGCGCAUAGGGCAAUGCUGAUGGCGAGAUGCGACCCUAUGAAGGCCAUGUUCCAAGGCCACUUCAGGGAGAGCACGUCCAGAGUGAUCUCGUUCCCCGGCGUAAAAAUGUACGCCUUCCAAAUACUCCUCUGCUACAUCUAUUCGGAUCAAAUACCAAAAGUGGAGCCCACCAGGUGUUUAGAACUAUUGGAGCUGGCGAACCGGCUGUGCAUGAAUCGACUGGUAAGCCUGGUCGAGGCGAGUGUUGUGAAGCAACUCCAACUUCAGGACAGGGUGGGCGUCGCAGGCGAUCGGGUGGUGGAGAUAGCCCUGUCACUUUUGGAGCCCGUUAAGUUGCACAACGCUCACAGCCUCGCCAAUUGGUGCACGUGGCGUCUAUGCGGCGCUUACGAUAGGGUGUGCAGAGCGCGCCACCUAAGCCAGUCCUCGCGGGACUACCUAGCGGACAACCGCUGGCCCCCGGUCUGGUACGUGAAAGAGUAUGACUACUAUCAGAAGUGCCUCAAUGAGCAGUCCAAAGAACAGAAGGAGAUACGACCCACAACUUCUCUGCAAGCAAGCCAGCAAACCGGGUGCCUUUGCUUCACCAGUAAAGUCCGCCGCGAGAGCUCGGGUGCGAACGACGCAGCGGCGGAAGCGGGAGCGGAGGCGGCGGCGGAGACGGGAGCGACUCCCGCCGACGCCAGCACUGCACUGUGCCGCAGCGAACCGCAACCGAACCCGCCACUC